UUGGGCUUUCUUCAGUGUGUUUGUUUAUGAUCUUUGGUUAAUUUUUGUUUCGCUUGGUGUUACGUGUAAAUUUAUGAGGUUUAGUCAAAUAUUAGAAGAAAAAAACAUGGAAAGAUAUUCGGAAAGACGUUCGGAAAGAUAUUCGGAUAGGCAUUUGGAAAGACGUUCAGAGAGACGUUCGGAAAGACGUUCGGAGAGACAUUCGGAAAGACAUUCGGAUAGACGGUCUGAUAGGCAUUCGGAUAAAUAUUCGGAUAAAUAUUCAGAUAAAUAUUCGGAUAAACAUUCGGAUAAGCAUUCGGAAAAACGAUCAGAAAAACAUUCGGAAAAAAGGCAUACAACAGACACAAUGACGAAUAGUCGGAAAAGAACUGUUGAUCUUCUGACAGCAAAAACAGGAGGGGCUUACAUACCACCUGCCAAACUACGUAUGAUGCAAGCAAAUAUUACAGAUAAGUCUGGUGCUGCUUAUCAACGUAUUGCUUGGGAGGCACUUAAAAAAUCUAUUCAUGGUUGUAUUAACAAAGUUAAUGUUAGCAAUAUUGGCCUUAUAACAAGAGAGCUUUUAAGAGAAAACAUUGUCAGAGGAAGAGGUUUAUUAGCUCGUUCUAUUAUACAAGCUCAAGCUGCUUCUCCAACUUUUACUCCUGUCUAUGCAGCAUUAACAGCCAUUAUUAAUUCUAAGUUUCCUAAUAUCGGAGAACUUAUACUCAAACGUCUUAUUAUACAGUUCAAACGUGGUUUUCGUAGAAAUGACAAACCUCUCUGUAUAUCAUCUGGAACAUUCGUUGCACAUCUUUUAAAUCAACGUGUAGCACAUGAAAUUUUACCUUUAGAAAUUCUAACAUUACUUGUAGAAACACCUACGGAUGAUUCUGUAGAAGUUGCUAUAGCAUUCUUAAAGGAAUGUGGAAUGAAAUUAACAGAAGUAUCUCGGAAAGGUAUUGAGGCCAUUUUUGAAAUGUUGAGAAAUAUAUUGCACGAGGGUCAAUUAGAUAAACGUGUACAAUAUAUGAUUGAAGUCAUGUUUCAAAUUCGAAAAGAUGGUUUCAAAGAUCAUCAAGCAGUUCCCCAGGAAUUAGAUCUUGUUGAAGAAGAAAAUCAAUUCACGCAUCUUAUACAAUUGGAUGAAGCAAUAGAUUCACAAGAUAUUUUAAAUGUUUUUAAGUUUGAUAGUGAUUAUGUGGCUAAUGAAGAAAAAUAUAAACAAUUAAGCAAGGAAAUUCUUGGUUCAGAUGAUAGUGAUUCUGAAGCUGGUGAGGAUGAUGAAGAAAGUUCAGACGAAGAUAGCAAUGCAGAGACUACAGAGGAGAAAGAAGGUGUUAUUGUAGAUAAUACAGAAACUAAUUUAACUGCUCUUAGGAGAACUAUUUACUUAACUAUACAUUCUUCACUUGAUUUUGAAGAAUGUGCUCAUAAAUUAAUGAAAAUGCAGCUAAAACCAGGACAAGAAAUUGAGCUUUGCCAUAUGUUCUUAGAUUGUUGUGCAGAAAUGCGCACAUAUGAGAAGUUCUUUGGACUUUUAGCAGGACGGUUUUGUGCCAUUAACAAAAUUUAUGUGACACCAUUUGAACAAAUAUUUCAGGAUUCUUAUCAUACGAUACAUCGAUUAGAUACUAAUAAGUUACGAAAUGUAUCAAAAUUUUUUGCUCAUUUAUUAUUUACCGAUUCCAUAUCAUGGGAAGUUUUGUCAUGUAUAAAAUUAAAUGAAGAAGAUACUACGAGUUCAAAUAGAAUAUUUAUCAAAAUAUUAUUCCAAGAACUAUCUGAAUAUAUGGGUCUUUCGAAACUCAAUCAAAGAGUUAAAGAUGUAACAUUGCAAGAAGCAUUUAGCGGAUUAUUUCCUAGGGACAAUCCAAAAAAUACACGUUUUGCUAUUAAUUUUUUCACGUCUAUUGGUUUAGGGGGUUUAACAGAUGAUUUAAGAGAACAUCUUAAAUCGUGAUUGUAAAUUUUCAACGUAUAUAUAAUGAUUUCAUUUAGUAUCCUAAUCUAUAAGAUAAAAACAAAAUUGUAACUAAUAAAUAUUUAUAUAAGUCAUUUUUAUACAUAUAUAUAUAUAUAUAUAUAUAUAUAUACAAAGAAUAUUUGAAUAUUUGAACCUAUGACUUUGGAUUUCAAAAUAAGAUAUAAGAUUUUAUAAUUAAAAUUUGCGCGCAAAUAUAUUAUAGGUCUGCCGAAAAAUUCUCUUUGCUCAUAAAGAAACAAUUAUUUAUAAUACGUUGACUGCUGUAUGGGUCACCGGUGACUGACACCCGACUUGACUACAGCGUCGUGGAGGUCACCGGUGACCGGCGACGCGAUGAAUAAUGAAAAUAUAUAAUUAGGGUAAACAUCGAUCCAAUAAAUUUUUUAGAUAAUAUCAUUGAUUCCGUAGUGGUUUAAAGAAAUUAAUGCCGUACAGAAUAUGUAAUUAUAAUUUUAUUAAUACAAGGAAAAUAUACAUAUUAUUUGUACACAUAACAUUAUUUGUAUACAUAUUAUUUGAAACACGGUAGGCAAAGAAAAGGUGAACUAGGACAGUCAGCACAAUAUAUCGCUACUUUUUUAAUGCAAUUCUUUGCUCUCAUUCUUUCUAGCUAUUUUGAAUUUUCUUCGUAGCACUCUUUGCAAAAUCGCCCUUACAUUUCGCAUAUUCCCGAUUCCCUUUUAAGCUCAUGACGACGUUUUUUCUGUACGCAAUUUCUUGAUGAAAUGGAAUCUUCAUCAUCAAAACAUUUCACUAAAUACAUCGCUAACUUCAUCCUAAAAUCGGUGAUUGAAAUAUUUUUUCGAGUUGCUUGUUUGUAUAACACCAUUGAAUUUAUAACAUAAGUAUUUAGCAAAAGCUCUAUUGCCAAUUUUCUAUACCACUUUAUAGUUUUUCGCAAUGGUGAACUAUAAGCAGUCAUUUGAUUAGACAAAUCAACUGAAGAUUUCCCUAAAUUAUUGGGUUGGUAACUAAGCGAUUGCCGGAUUUCAAAUAAGAAGGAAACGACAAAAUCCGCAAUCACUUAGUUGCCAACCCAAUUUAAUCUAUUAUCAUAUUUGGCUUCUCAUAUUCGUAGAAAAAUGGUCUACAGUGUUCUUAAAGGUCAUUGAGAGAUCCCCACCACGAAAACUUCAUAAAAUAUGUUUAUAUAACUCACCUUAUCUACUAUAAAUAAUAUUUAAACAUAAUCGCAUACUAAAAUAUUUAUAUCGUCCGGCGAAUGUUAAAAUUUUUUUAUUAUUAAUUUUUAUUAUUAUUAUUAUUAUUUUUGUUUCAAGACAAAAAUAAUUUUAGAUUAGAAUACACUUACUAACAACUAGCUAAAGUUAGAAAAGUAAGUUAUUAAAGUUGUACUGUUUAGUAAGCACUAAUUCCUACUACUUCUCUCAAUCGUGGUCGAAUAUUACCUAUUCGA